AAUUUUGUGAGGUACUAAGUUGCUUUACGGGAAAAGGCUGCUCCAAUUUAGCCUGGAAUUGCUCUACUUUAGACUUUUUCUGGUUAUCAAUCUGUACAAAGAAUCACCAAACUGAAACAGCGUGGACCAAACUGAUAAAUCAGGCUGCCGAGACAAUUGUGUAAUUCGAUCGAAAAAGAAACGGACAACCUCUCAAGCACAUCGGGUAAUUGACAAAGGAUUUUACGACACAGUGAGAGAUAGGAUAAUGUAUAUAAAAAUAUGCAAGAAUCACAGGAAACUCACAUAUCCAACCACCUGGAUGAAAUUGUUGCUGCCGUCAGCAUAACACCUAGAAAAAAGCUCCAAAACAAGCUGCUUCAGACAGCACUGUUUCAGCCUCCUCGAGAGAAACUCCACCUCUGUGAAGAGAAAGCAAAGUCCUAUUCUAGCAGUCAUGAGUAUAAACAGGCUCUCCAGGAGCUUGUGCGCUGUGUGGCGCUGACGAGGAUCUGCUAUGGUGACUCGCACUGGAAACUGGCGGAGGCGCAUGUUAAUCUGGCUCAGGGCUACCUCCAGCUGAAAGGACUGUCACUGCAAGCAAAACAACAUGCGGAAAAAGCCAAAGAAAUCCUCACCAACGCCAUUGUGCGUCCCUACAAUGACAAUACAGAUGUUUUCAAGUGUUCGGUUGAGUUAUUCCAUACCAUGGGGAGAGCCUUACUCUCCCUUCAAAAGUUUAAGGAAGCUUCAGAGAAUUUGACAAAAGCAGAGAGACUUUCAAAGGAGCUGCUGCAAUGUGGAAGGAUUAUAAAGGAAGAAUGGAUAGAAAUUCAAACGCAGAUCAAAUUGUCAUUUGCACAGGUAUAUCAAGGUCAGAAGAAAUCAAAAGAAGCUCUUCCCCACUACCAAGAGGCUUUAGAAUGUAUUGAGAUCAGUAAAGGUGAAAAAAGUCUUGAGUGCGUACCAACAUUGAGGGAAUUGGCAGGUGUAGAACAAGCCCUGGGAUUUCACGACGCAUCCAUCAACCACCUUUUACAGGCGCAUCUCAUCGUCCUGAGCAGAAACCCCUCUCAAGAGGAGGCAGCCGUGUCCGCACACUCCGUCGCCUGUGCUGCUGUCGCUUCUGGGAGGCCUGAGCACCACGGUGAGAGUGACAGCGAGCCUUCCGUGGGGUACAGCGAGGCCUGCUCCCUGCCUGUCCCAUAUGUGGCUGAGCAGUAUUUUCAAGAUAGCAUGGCUAAUCUUAAGGAUGCUGAAGGGAUUGGAAAAGCCAAAUUUCUUUCAAUUCAAGAUGAUUAUUGCCAUUUUCUACAAGUCACUGGACAAAAAGAGAGAGCUACCUCCAUCCUGAGAGAGUCCCUGGAGGCCAAAGUGGCAGUGUUUGGUGAUCUCAGUCCCGAGGUGGCAGAGACAUACCGGCUCCUGGGCGGGGCUGACCUGGCACAGGGGAACCAGAGCGGGGCCCACAAGAAACUGAAGAAGUGUCUUCAGAUCCAGACCCUCUUAUAUGGACCACAGGACAAGAGGACUCUGGCCACCCAGCAGACCAUGGAUGUCCUGUCCAAGGCCCCCGAGAAGGCCGUGAAGCCUCGGCAGCCCCCAAGAGCCAAGGCGGCCUUCUGCACCUGCGGGCCGCAGCACACCGCGCUGGGGAAGGCCAGGCCCAACGCAGCCGACUGAGCCCACCCCCACCAAAAGCUCUGCUCACGCCUGGGUGCUGACUCUAUAAAUCUCUCUCCAUCCAGGAGGUGGACUUCAACAGUCAUUGGACAGAUUUUCUAGGCUGUUUGCUCCAAAUGCAACAGCGAUCCCAUAAACCUCCCAUGGGCCACCUUUUGACAGUGGAUGCCCUUCCCGGUGAUCUGGCGCCGCUAUAAAGCAUUUUUCUUUUUACCACCUUAGUGGUUUUUCUUGCCAGCAAGAAUUUUUACCCAUCAACACUACUGUGGCUGAAAGGCUUCUCUUCAAAAGUUCGAAACUUCCUGUGUAGGAAAGUAGACUCAACAUCUGAUCAUGUAUAUAUAUAUAUAUAUAUAUAUAUAUAUAUAUAUAUAUAUAUACACACACACACACACACACACACACACACACACACACAUACAUACACGGUGUAUAGCCCCUUGUGCAGGCCUGGAGUCAGAUCUGGAGCAGUAAAAUUCUGGGGAAAGCCCUUUCUUAUAGGAAGGUAAUAGGGAUUGAGAAUAAAAUGCUAAUAAAAGGAAAUUUGUAAGU